CAAAUAAAAACUCGUAUAUGUUCAGCAUUAAUAGCUUCAAAAAUUUUAAAAUCAUUAGCACAAUACGCCCUCGAUCAUCAAUCAAAACACACAUUAAAUAAUGAAGCUGAUGAAUUUGAAAUGUGUCCUAUUGAAUGUGUACCUUGUGCCUAUUUCUAUGAUGCCGAACAAACCUGUGAAUUAAUUAUUCGACGUCUUGACGUUUAUGUAAAUGUUACAUGUUUGCAAAUGGCGAUUGCGGCUGAUAAUCCGACAAACUUUUCAGCUACAAGGAUUAUAAUGGCUUAUAAUCUAGAACUAUGGUUCAUUCGAUCACUUCUUUUUAUUGGCAUAGCUCCGAAUCUCGGUCCGAAAUUAGUGAUGAUCCGAAAGAUGACGAACGAUUUAUUGUUUUUCAUAUUUCUUAUGAUUAUUGUCAUUUUUGGGUAUGGAAUUGCAUCAAGAGCCAUGAUAGCCUAUGGUACUUUCGAUUUCGAUGGAAGACAAUUUUUUCGCAAUGUUGUAUAUUCAGUUCAUUAUUUUAUGCUGGGUAAUUUUGAUAAUGAAGUUGAAUCAUUUGAAGGUAAAAUUUGUAUCGAUCAAUUGGGCACUCUCUAUGUGGCUGAUACUUCGAAUCAUCGAAUAAUACGUUGGCCCAAAGGAGCCACACAAGGAAGUGUGAUUGCUGGUGGAAAUGGUGCAGGACGACAGUCAAAUCAAUUAACAUCCCCCGUUGGUUUAUCAUUCGAUCGACAUGGUAAUCUUUAUGUUGUCGAUUACGAAAAUGAUCGAGUACAAAAAUUUAAUAUCGAACAGACAGCAAAUUAA